AUGGAGGCGAACAGGAUUGCGGAGGCCAGGGCGGCGGACUUGAUGCGCGCGCUGAGGUCGGAGGAGAUGAAACACAAGAGGGAGAAGGAUCAGGAGGGAGAAAACACACUCGUGCAGAGGCUGCAGGGGAGCGGUCGCGGCAGCGCCGGCGACGAGGGCAGCGAAAUCAGCAAGCUGAAGGAGAGCCUGCGGAACAUGCAGCAAGAGAAGAACGUACUGGUGAACGAGUUCGAGUGGAAGGAGCUCCAGUGGAAGACCCAGAUCGAAAACGCGCAGCUGGAGGUCGACGACCUGAAGCGACGGCUCGCCAGCGAGGCCAGCAAGCACCAGCUCCGCAUCGAGGCGCUGGAGGCCAGCGCCAAAGAGGCGCUGGAGGAGGCCAGAGCACCGCCACCGAGCCCCCCGCCGGCACCUGCCGAGCCCGCCCUCGCCCUUGGCUGGCUCCGCUGCCCGGUGCGCAGCGCCGGGCCGCCCCGGGUGGAGCAGCCCGCCUUCUGCCAGGAGAGACCUGCUGGAAGGUGGUCACCGAGAUCUCGGGCAUCGUCGCGCUCUGGUGCUCCGUCAGCGAGCACGUUAUCAAGCAGGCCUCCAGGGAGGCGAACCGCCUCUGGGGCUCCUCGAUGCUUGAGGGGAAGUCGGUGUUCUCCCUGGCCAACGGGCCUUCCAGCGCAUCGUGGCUCAAGAAGGCGUUCCAGUCCCACCAGCGCAUAG